GGCGCCUCGCUCUGCCGGCGCUAGGGCCCGGUGGCGGCAGGAAGCGGCUGCGCGCGGUGGAACUAUGGAGGCCGAGUGCUCGCGUCCUCUGAGCGCGGCGCAGCCACGGGCGGCCGGCGGCCGGAAGGCCUCGAAGCGCACGCAGGGCCAGAAGGACUUCAUGCCCGACGGCUCGGCCGAGCAGGCGGAGAAUCUGCGCCUGUGCCAGGAGGAGCAGUGGCGGCUGCUCUCCGAGGAGCGGGUGGUGCGGCGGGGGAAUCUGGUAAAAGCAGAGUGGAAGCCAGAACAGGGCAUCGUGGAGCUGCAGUCCCCUGCGGGGAAGUUCUGGCACACCAUGGGGUUCACACAGCAUGGCAAACAGUGCCUUCUGCCCGAGGAAGCUCUAUACCUGCUGGAGUGUGGCUCUCUUCAGCUCUUUUACAGGGAUCUUCCCUUGUCCAUUGAGGAAGCCUAUGAGAUCCUGCUGUCCCAGGAGGCAAUGGACCUGCCACAUUACCAGGUGUUCAGCCACUUGAAGCAACUGGGUUAUGUUGUACUGAGAUUCGACCCCAGCACUGUCCUGUCUCCCUACGAGAGGCAAUUGAAUUUGGAAAGUCACUGCAAAAGCUCUGGGAAACACCAUUGCAAAAGGAGGAGGAGUUCCAGUCCCGGGUCACAUGAGAAGAAAUACAAGGUACUACAGGACCUUCCAGAAGCUGAAGGUACCUCCGAAAAAGCUGGAGGUAACUGCGGAGACUCCAGCUGCCUUGCCACAGAGGAAAAGCCCUUGUCAGAGCAGCCAAAGGAAUCAGAUGCUGGCAGUGGAGAGGGGGAGUCAAAUGCAGUUCCCCUUGAUACAGGACAAAAGGAUUCCCUGAGCCCCUCCAGGAGCUGGGCUGGAGACCACAAGGAGAGCAGCAUUGGUACCCAUGCACCCCGCUGGGAUUUUACCACCAUUGUCUUGCCAAACGUGGCCCCAGACCAGCCGUGCACACGUCUGCCCUCACCUGAUGACAGGCUCCUGCCGGAGAACGUGCCGGGGAGGGAGGUUGAUGUAGCUUGCUGGUGCUCAUGCAUCAAUCAGAAACAGGAGAAGCUGUCACGGAAGGAAAGGGAGCAGCGAGAGAGGGAAAACAGGUACAAGAGCAGUGUCAAUGCUGACCAGGAGGUGAGGCGCUGCUCCAGCUGGCAGGAGUACAAAGCCGUUUUGGAGCUGAGGAGCCAGCAGAGGAUUUGGAAGCAACCGCGGCAUCUCUGGGACCAAGCUGUCACACCGCUUUUGCGGCCAGAUGAAGUUACCUCACCAGCUGCGCUCCUCCAGCAGAUCAGUGUGCUGCAGCCCUCCCACAUCCUGGAUGGAGCCUCUCGGCUGCAGGCGGACCCGGGGGGCAUGAAAAUCCACUUCAACGUGUAUCAAGCAGAUGCUGUGGCCAGGUUUAAGAAGACGAACCCCGGGAAGCCGUAUGUCAGGAUGUGUGUUCAGAGCUUUGACGAGCAGAUCCCAUCUCUCCAGGCUUUGAAGCAGGUUACGUAUCAGAGCGGGGACAUCCCAGUGGUCUUUGCACUGGUGGAUCAUGGAGAAAUUGCCUUCUAUUCACUAAAGGAAUUCAAGCUGCCAGUUGAUGUUAAUCACUGAAGUGGCUGUCACCUGCAGAAAUGGCAUGGGAUGAAGGGGAGAGAUUUACUCUGGAUUUGCUUUCUUGAUUAAUGAAAUACUGCAAAAAAUAGAGCCUAUGAGAACUGG